AUGCCCCAGACCCUUGGAGCGUUGCCGAGCCAGGCCUUUGCCGCUGGGGCAGCCUCCCCGGGCCUCGCCCUGGGUGGGUUUCCCUGCCCUUCUGGCAAGGGCGCCUGCCCGUGUGCCGUCUGCUCCCUCGGAAACGCCAGCCCGGGUCUCCCCGGGUGUGUUCCCGAGUGGGCUGGGGGCUCCUCCGCCCCUCCCGGGGUCUCUCCCGCCAGACCCUGCCCCGCAGGCCGGCCCCAGCUGCGCCCCACCCCCAGACACGCUCCGCCCCUUGCGGUCCCGGGCGCCGCGCUUCUCCCGGCGGUGGAGCCGCGCGUGUCCGCAGACCUUUCCCGCUCCCCCGGGCCCUGCGGUUUCAGUGGACUCUGCCGGACCCACUGUCCCCUCCGCUUCCACCCAAACUGCCUCUGGCCUCCUGGGCAGCCCGGAGGCCUCGGAGGACAGCGGGUCCCGCCGCUCCACCGUCCUCCCGCGGAAGCAGAGCGCGAGCAGGCGAACCGGGAGCGCGUGAGCCGCGCCGUGGGGGGCCGCCCUCGCCCGCCGUCGCGCGUGUCUCUGCGCGUGGCCGGACACGCGUGGCCGGACUCGCUGUUCAACUCGCGCAUUCGCGGGGCGCAGUUCAGGGCGUUCGUGCGUUCACGGAGCGCGCGGCCGUCCCCGCCGUCCGCUUUACGAUUCCAUCACCCCGAAAAGAAGCGUGUGCCCGCCCCCGGGCCCCGCACCGCUGGAACCGCCCGGGCUCCGCGCUCUCGCUCGCCGGUGUGGCGGGGGCUGGCACCGGGCUGCCGAGGUGGCAGGUCACAGGGCAGGCCCAAGGAUCUUAACCCUGGAGCUGAUGGACGGGGACUGAAUCAUCUGCACAAAUCAUGAGGACCUGCGGCUCCCCUUGGCCAGAGCUUGGGGCAGCUCUCGGUCACUGACAAGAGGCUCACACCUGGAGAGAAGGUCACCCCAGCGGCCACCUCUUCGUCUGGGUCCCAUGGGAGCACAGAGGUGAGCAGGCUUCUCGCUUCUGUUCCGGCGUGACAAACCACAGCGACGCAAGGGCGCUAUCCCCUCAGCACCAUCUUUGCCAGAUGCAGAAACUGAGGCGGAGAAACUGAGGCCCAGAGACUGUCUGGUUAAAAUUUCUAGGUUUUCCGGGUGGCUGCAAUUUAAAAUAUCCUGUAUGAUU